CGUUAGGAGGGGCGGCGGCGGAGGCGCCGCGGGCUCGGCCCUUGGGGGCUCGGGAGCAGCUGACCAUGGAGCCCCAGAAAAUCACACCAUCCGCAAAGCCUCACCCACCUGUUGUGGGCAAAGUGACUCAUCACAGCAUCGAAUUAUACUGGGAUCUGGAAAAGAGAGCGAAACGGCAAGGACCUCAGGAGCAGUGGUUUAGGUUCUCGAUCGAAGAAGAAGACCCCAAAAUGCACACUUACGGUAUCAUUUAUACGGGAUAUGCAACAAAGCAUGUCGUGGAAGGUCUGGAACCACGAACACUGUACAGAUUCCGACUGAAGGUCACCAGCCCCUCUGGAGAAUAUGAGUACAGCCCAGCGGUCUCUGUAUCCACAACCAGAGAACCCAUAAGUAGUGAGCACUUUCACCGAGCUGUCAAUGUGAAUGAUGAAGAUUUGCUGGUUCGAAUACUUCAAGGAGGAAAUAUUAAGGUUGAUGUUCCCAAUAAGUUUGGCUUUACUGCUCUUAUGGUCGCUGCCCAGAAAGGCUACACCAGGCUUGUGAAAAUCCUCGUUUCUAAUGGCACAGAUGUGAAUCUGAAGAACGGAAGUGGCAAGGACAGUCUGAUGCUUGCAUGCUACGCGGGACACCUAGAUGUUGUGAAAUAUCUCCGAAAACACGGCGCUUCCUGGGAGACCCGAGACCUAGGAGGCUGCACGGCUCUGCACUGGGCUGCAGAUGGAGGCCACUGCAAUGUGAUUGAGUGGAUGAUAAAAGACGGCUGUGAGGUAGACGCUGUGGACACGGGCUCAGGAUGGACCCCGCUCAUGAGAGUCUCUGCAGUCUCAGGAAACCAGAGCGUAGCCUCUGUGCUGAUCGGAGCUGGCGCGGACGUGAACGUGAAAGAUAAAGACGGAAAGACCCCGCUCAUGGUAGACGCUGUGGACACGGGCUCAGGAUGGACCCCGCUCAUGAGAGUCUCUGCAGUCUCAGGAAACCAGAGCGUAGCCUCUGUGCUGAUCGGAGCUGGCGCGGACGUGAACGUGAAAGAUAAAGACGGAAAGACCCCGCUCAUGAUAUUGGCGGACAAUUGGGAGAUGCUACUAAGUAGAACUGUCCCAUUUGUCCAUGUCCUGCUCACGUUUUAG